AUGGCUCCGUGUUCCGCCGCCAUGAUUUUUUUUGCAUUCUCUCCUGAUUUUUUCAAUUUUUCUCCAUUUUCCUUCCUAUUAUCUCUCGCUUACAACCAUUUCUUCUUAUCGACCCAAACACCAAAUAUUUUCGGGUUUAAUUUUCAGUCCUCCACAUUUUUCUUUUAUUCUAACAUUUUUCUUCAUAUCUUUCUUUUACUUUCCAUUCCUUCUUCUCAUAUUCCACCAACCUUCUUCUUCUUCUUCUUCUUCUUCUUCUUCUUCUUCUUCUUCUUCUUUCUUCUAUUCCUCCAUCCUUUCUUCUUCUUCUUCUUCUUUUUUAUUUUUCUUCAUUAUUUAUUCUCUUUCUUCUAUUCCUCCAUCCUUUCUUCUUCUUCUUUUUAUUUUUCUUCAUUAUUUAUUCUCUUUCUUCUAUUCCUCCAUCCUUUCUUCUUCUUCUUCUUCUUCUUCUUCUUCCUUUUUAUUUUUCUUCAUUAUUUAUUCUCUUUCUUCUAUUCCUCCAUCCUUUCUUCUUCUUCUUCUUCUUCUUCCUUUUUAUUUUUCUUCAUUAUUUAUUCUCUUUCUUCUAUAUUCCAUCCAUUUUCUUCUUCUUCUUCUUCUUUUUUUAUUUUUCUUCAUUAUUUAUUUUCUUUCUUCUAUUCCUCCAUCCUUUCUUUCUUCUUCUUCUUCUUCUUCCUUUUUUAUUUUUCUUCAUUAUUAUUUCUCUUUCUUCUAUUCCUCCAUCUUUUCUUUUCUUCUUCUUCUUCUUCUUCUUCUUCUUCUUCUUCCUUUUUAUUUUUCUUCAUUAUUUAUUCUCUUUCUUCUAUUCCUCCAUCCUUUCUUCUUCUUCUUCUUCUUCUUCUUCUUCUUCUUCUUCUUCCUUUUUAUUUUUCUUCAUUAUUUAUUCUCUUUCUUCUAUUCCUCCAUCCUUUCUUCUUCUUCUUCUUCUUCUUCUUCUUCUUCUUCUUCUUCUAUUCCCCAUCCUUUCUUGGCCGUGAUAAUUUGGUCUCUCCCACUGGCUUCCAUGAUUCGUCUGGUUUUGCGACAACCUUGUCGAUAAUGAGACCAACCAAUCAUCCCGUUUUCACGGUUGUUUUGUCUCCUGCUUCCUCUAUCUUUUCGUUCCUAAUUUCCUUUGUCAUCUUCCUCUCCUCUUCUUUAUUCAUUCUGCCUCCGCGAACGUCUCAGAUUUUAUCUGUGUCCUCCUCGAAAUCCCCCCCUCCUGGUUCUUGGUUAUUUUUUUAUUUUUAUCGUCGACAUCAUCUUUACUACUGCUCUUUCGCAGCCAACUUUAAAUCUACUGUUUUCAUCUCUUCCCUUUUGUCUUGUUUUUGUUUUACUUAUCUUUUCCUGCUUUUCUCUUUUUCUAUUAUCCUUGUACGAAUCUUGCCGAAAUAUCAACCACUAAUUCCUCAGCAGCAGAAGCCUAUCAGGCUGAGAUAUUAUGAUUUGCUCAUCUCGUUGACUCCGAUGUCAGCGUGUAGCCCUUAUAAAAACAACAGCCAUGACGAUGACAGCAACUGCAAAGCGGAAACACUCUCGUCUGCUUUCUACAGUUAUGCAUUGAGUUCCCUGGCUGAAGGCAGCCAUAUUUUCUUUUCGUUCACAACGCCCUCUGGUGGGGUCCAGACCUCUUUCUAUUCUUGUCCCUAUUCCAGUGUCCACUCUUCACAUUUGAACUUUCUUCUACACCCCUCCCCUCCCCCACCACCUCACGUUCACUCCUUAUUGACGAAAGCCUUUUGCUCCCCCGCACAACCGUCCCCACCCCGAAACGCCACCAAGAUUAGCUCUUUUCAUUAUCUAUCUAUUUCAGUCUGUUCGUACCUAUCUAUCUAUCUAUCUAUCUAUCUAUCUAUCUAUCUAUCUAUCUAUCUAUCUAUCUAUGUCUGCUCAUAUCUAUCUAUCUAUCUCAGUCUGUUCAUAUCUAUCUAUCUAUCUAUCUAUCUAUCUAUCUAUCUAUCUAUCUAUCUCAGUUUGUUAUCUAUCUAUCUAUCUAUCUAUCUAUCUCAGUCUGUUCAUAUCUAUCUAUCUAUCUAUCUAUCUAUCUAUCUCAGUUUGCUCAUAUCUAUCUAUCUAUCUAUCCAUCUAUCUAUCUAUCUGUCUAUCUACCUAUGUCUGCUCAUAUCUAUCUAUCUAUCUAUCUAUCUAUCUAUCUAUCUAUCUAUCUAUCUCAGUCUGUUCAUAUCUAUCUAUCUAUCUAUCUAUCUAUCUAUCUAUCUAUCUAUCUAUCUCAGUUUGUUAUCUCAGUUUGUUAGCUAUCUAUCUAUCUAUCUCAGUUUGCUCAUAUCUAUCUAUCUAUCUAUCUAUUUCAGUUUGUUCAUAUCUAUCUAUCUAUCUAUCUAUCUAUCUAUCUAUCUAUCUAUGUCUGCUCAUAUCUAUCUAUCUAUCUAUCUAUCUAUCUAUCUAUCUCAGUUUGUUAUCUAUCUAUCUCAGUCUGUUCAUAUCUAUCUAUCUAUCUAUCUAUCUAUCUAUCUAUCUAUCUAUCUAUCUAUCUAUCUAUUUCAUUAUAUCUAUCUAUCUAUCUAUCUAUCUAUCUAUCUAUCUAUCUAUCUAUCUAUCUAUCUAUCUAUCUAUCUGUUACCCCAUUUGACACGUUGCUAA